UUGUUGGGAAGGGUGGUGUCAUCGCAGACAGCCAACGCUGAACAUCAUGCUGAUAAUGUAGUUGAAGUUAACAAUGGGGAUUCUUCUAACUUUGCCAGGUUGAGCAAUUUUAGAAUCUGCACUAAUAAUCACUAAUGACCAUAAUUAUAACUUAAUCUUUGGAAUCUCUCUAAUCUCUUUAACAAUCACUAAUGAUCAUAAUCAUAACUUAAUCUUUGGAAUCUCUUUUAAGGUGAAACUGUUUAAAAAAAAGAGUAAAUUAUUCUUUUUUUUCCUCUGAGACCGACAUUAAACCCAAAUUAAUGACUCUUUAUGGUUCAUGGAGAUGUAAGGUAUUUCUUUAAUGUUUUAAAGUCCCCCUUAAAGGUACUAAAUCCAGCUCCCAGAAUAAUAAUAUGUUGACUUUGUGAGUUCAGCUUUAAUAAGUUUGUUACAAUUAAAAAGAGCGAUGACGGUGGUCAUGAUGAUUUCUAUGCAUUUGUUAACAGAGGAGAAAAACACAAUUUAUUUAUGAACCUUGCCUACCCCCCCCCCGCUCAAGUUUAAUUUACAACUCACUGGCACUAAGACAGUGAGAUAAAGUCCAUACGGUAUCUUUUCAAGGUUGGCCAUGCUGGAAGGGACUUGGAACUAUCCUCAGGUCGCAGACAAUAUCAGUCUGGACUCCUCCACGGGAGAUGAAACGGUGGACACGGACGAGGAUUCCAUCUUAACUGGAUCCCUGCCCGACACUGACCUGGCCUUCUUUGACCCCAUGGGUCACGACUCAACACUGACCAGUCCUGAUGACCCCCCUGGUAGUCUGGGUCAGAGCAAUAGCUGGCUGCUGGCAAGUAUGAACAUGUGUGCAGAAUUGGAAACUAACAGCAGCAGGAACAAUGGUAGGUGUCAUAACAGCUUAUAAGAAAAAAGUGUGUUCACUAGUGAUAUCUCCAUUUACAAAUAAAGAUUAUUAUAUCCCCAAAACAAAUAUUCAUCAGUGAAGAAAAAGGCUGUAUUAAGCUAAGCUCAUUCAUUAAAAAAAAUUAUCCCUUAGAUUAAGGUGGUUAGAAUUGAUUUCAACUGAGUUAUUGAUAUGGAUAUAAUAUAUAUAUAAACAAAAGUUUUUGAUUGAUUGAUUGAUUUGAUAUUUAUAUCGUGCUGGUAUCCAUGCCACUUUAGCAUGCUCACUGCGCUCUGGUUUUCCGAAAUUUAUUUAAACAAAAAUUUUUUAAAUGUUUCAAUGUGGUCCCUGUAUCUUCAAAAGUGCCCAGUUUUUUAUUAAUAAUUUUCCAAGCAUAUGACUUAUUAUUUUUAAGAGAUUUGUUUAUAAACUCAUUUAACUUUAUUCAAGAUUUAUUAUUGUGUUCAGUUUUAAGUGUACUGGUAUCAGCAGACUAAGUUUAACAUACCUCAACAGAAAUAAAGUAUUAAUUCUCUUUAUUCACUUCAUAUCUCCAACAUUGUAGAUUUCUGACUAUUAACUAUGUCUUUACCCCACAAGAUGAGACCAAAGAGCUAUCCAUGACACCAUCAAUGGACCCAGACAUACACGGCAGCCGUGCAGACACUAAUAUGAGCACAGACUCCACCAUCACCAACUUGUCUGUUCUUUCAUCAUCAACUCUGGAGAAGUUCUCAGAUCAUGAAUCAGUCACCCAUGGGAGCAGUAAGAGCAGCUUGAGCGGCAGUGCAAUCAACCCUGGUCAAAAUCUGGACUGGGAUGAGUUUGACCCCAUCCGCAAAAUGUCACAGACUUCGGACGCCUCCAAGGUUGAAUGUGGCAAAGGUGAUUUGGACUUAUCAGCAGAGUGGGAGGCCAGGUCGGCAAGUUUUGGUUCCCAAAAAUCUGUUGGUUCACAAAGGUGAAUUUAAAAAUUAUAAUCUACCAUUAUUUAUUUUAUCUUUAAACGAAAUAAACAUUGACUGGCUAAUAUUAUAUUCUUGAUAUUUUCUUGAUUUUCUUUUGAACUGUUAAUGCGUAAUCAUAUAGCUCAUGUUUUCUAUAUGUUGGAGAAUUAUAGUGCAAGAUUUGAUCUUUUCUUUUAUAACAUUUUGCUUAACUUACAUAAAUUUUGAUUGAAUUGAUGUGCUUGAAAAACAAAUAUUUUUAAUCCACUUUUAGUACCGUAUCAAUUACGCUUCUUGGCCACUUAAAUGAUUAAACGACAGUACAUUACCAGAAUGCUCCUCCUGCAUGAACACAUUGUUUGCUAAAACAUUGCAAUAUGUUCUUAACAAGGGAAGCGAUCUAAUUUAACUUUGGCUUUUAGAUUUGCAGGAGAUGGACCCAGGGUGCCCGAAGAAAAAUUUGAAGGUCUGGGGUCCUCUUCAGUCAAGUCAUCAAGAUCUCAAAGUGUCGGUUCAGAGAAGUCUCAAGACUCUGAGAAAGGCUCCAGCAACAAGUCCACACCCAGUCACACAUCCAGAGGUCUGUUCAAGAGAUUAGUAUCGGGGAGCCCAAAGAAGCCAAGGUCUGCCACUGAACAAAGUGUGUCCACAAUGGAUCUUGGAGGUUUGUGAUUGGUGUUAUGUUAAAGUUCGGGUACUGAAACACCUUCUUAAUUUAAAGCUUAAUUAUAUUUUCUAUGACGUUUAAAAUUGAAAUAUAUUACAUCAUCUUUACAUUUUCCUGAACACUCAAGAGUUUAAGUCAUUGAUCUUUUAAAAACUUAAUGCAGGGUUUGGUUUUAUUAUUAUUAUUAUUGUUAUUAUUAAAGUGGUAUUAUAUAGCGCAGUACCCCCAGCCUUGGGGUAGGCUCACUGCAGUACCACAGCCUAGGGCUAGGCUCAUUGUAGUACCCCAGCCUAGGGCUAGAUUCACUGCAGUACCACAGCCUAGGGCUAGACUCACUGCAGUACCUCAGCCUGGGGCUAGGCUCAUUGUAGUACCCCAGCCUAGGGCUAGACUCACUGCAGUACCCCAACCUAGGCCUAGGCUCACUGCGCUUCACAUGAAAAUUGGGAAUUACAGAAAAUUAUAGAUUUAAAAACAACUAUUGGUAAAGAGCUUGACCUCACCCACCCAGUAAUAUCUAGCCACGAACAGCACCCAGCAGCAUCGAGCGUUGUUUAUCAGUUGGGGGGGGGGGAUAAGUCGGUAUAGCAAAGUUGGAAGAGAUGGGUCUUGAGGGCAGAUUUGAAGGCUGGGAUGUUCGGUAUAUUGCAGAUGUAUAAUGGGAGAGAAUUCCAUUGUUUGGGGGCACAGAAAGAGUAAGAUAGUUCACCAUAUGUUUUAGUGCUAGUUCACUUUACAAAACCAAAUUGAAUCUAGAUUUAAUUGUAUAUUUAUUGGCCAAAGUUAACUAAGUUGUAAGCAUUAAAAAUUCUACCUGUAUUAAUUUUUUUAAAGGUAAAGAAGACUACAUCUAUUUAGCUGCCAGCCAGAUCUGCAUGGCCCAGAACAGUGAAGCUAACGGAGACUUUGAGGUGGCUUUUGCCUACUACAAGAGUGGGGUUGGGAUUCUACUACAAGGAGUCCAAGGUUACCAAUUACCUGUUGAUUUUAAAUAGUAUUUAUAAUUUUUUUUUAAAGGAUUUAAAUCUUCAAGUUUCUCAUUUAAUUAUGUACUAAAUGUUUUUUGUUUUCAAUCUCUGCUAUUUAAAAAAUAAAUAAAUUCAACCAAACAGAAUGUAUUUUUGAAUUUGACAUAAUGGCAUGGUUGCUCAUAAUUAUUUCCCAAAUAUUGGUUUGAAAGUUUUCAGUAUAUUUUAUCUUAUUUUCUUUCGUCUAGGAGAUGGCAAUAAGUCUCGAAGAGACGCAGUUCGCAGGAAGACAGCCCAGUAUUUAAUGAAAGCCGAAGACUUAUUUAACAGGCACCUGGCGACUGAAAAUGUUGAUGAACGUAGAUGGGGCGUAAGUGACAUUCAAUGCAACCAAAUAUAAGCUGUCAAAAAAGUUGUAUCUUUUAUGUCAGAGUAUCUGAACCCUCCACAGGCAGGCCAUACUCUAAGUGAAAAAUUUUAGCUUAAAGCAAAUAGAUAAUAAAAAAAUUUGGUCGGUGACAUUGGUAAUUCAGUCAUCCAAAUAUAAAAUAUAUUAAAAAAACUGAUUUUUGCGGUAAAAAUAUUUAUAAGUUAUAAUAAAAAAACCACUUAAAAUGUUGCAUCUUAAAUAUUAAUAUUAAUUACUAUCUUAAUCUUGAAAAAAACCCACAAUAUUUCUUUAAUUGUGUCCAUUCUCUUGUUAUAUAGCUUACUGGAUUUACUGUUCUCAGACGAAGGAAGUAGAUAAAAUAAUUUUAAACCAGGAAUAUAUUUUAAAAAAAAAAAGAAUUAUUAUUUUUUUUCGCUAUCUUUUUUUUUCCAACGAGGGGAGAGCUUAUUUGAACUUUUCAACCCAUGUUGUGAUGUGAUGUGCAGAGUUUUUUUUUUUAUAGAAUAAUACCAAUAGAGCAGAUGGCACCAUUUAUGACAGGAUUUUUGUUGUUUUGUUUCGACUUCUAGGCUGAUAGCUUCUUAUCACCUUCCCUGGAUCUUGAUCCUUCCUUUGCUUUCAUCCGGGGUCCAGUUCGAGAAUUGCGAAACUUUCAAGUUCUGGGAGCUAUAGAUAAAGUGAUCCUGGUCAGAGAUAAGGCCACUGAUGAAACUUAUGUUUUUAAGGUGAACUCAUGUUGGAUCACAUUCUAUUAUAAAACUUUAGAGUUUAACCUGCAUCAUUGUUUUUUUUAUGAUAUUUUAUAGAAGACGGGCCAUCUCAAAUUUUAUAUAAGGCAUUAGCAUUAAAAUGUAGAGGGGCUGAUGAUGGAUCAAAGUUAGUCUGAAUAUUUUAUAGUAGGCUAAGCCAUCAGUUUUAUAAAAAUAAAUGCUUGCACUUUGUGCUAAUUAAUAUAUAUAUAUAUAAAAACGUUAAUUUAAACAAAAAUAAACGUAUGAACAGCGUUAGACUCUUAAACAUCCUAAAAACAAUCUAUGAAUUUAUAAAAUAUAUAAAUUAUUAGAAGUAUGAAAAUAAUAUUGAUCCUAGUGGUGGGGGGGGGGGGGUAGGAUAUCAGGAAAAACAUUUUUCAAAUUGAUUGAUUUAAUAUUUGAACAUUUCUCUGCCAGUCCAUUCCCAAAUCAAGUCCAGACGGAGGAAGAACACAAAGCAUCCUGCCCACCAGCUGUCCACACAUGGUCAGCUUGCACAAGUUUUACGAGACCGAUGACUCCAUCUUCCUCCUCCUUCAAUAUGCCAGCGGCGGCAAGCUGUGGACUUACAUAGGAGAUUAUCUAAGCCGCGACAAGGGUCAUCAGGGGUACGGUGGGAUAGAACAUCAAGUGAAAACAUCCAGGGUGGAAAAUGUCAAUGUUUACUCUGGUGUCAAGGUUGAGAGCAAUGUCGCCGGCAAGAGAGAGAGCACCCACAAGCAGCCUGCAGUACAAGCUAAACCUUCAGAUGUUUCUGCAAAGGCCAGCAGCCAUUUCACUAUUGCUGAAAAAUCUGGACAGAUGAUCAAAACAUCGCAGGAGUUUGGAGUUGUGCGGUUUUCGACUUUAACCAAGGGGACCAGUGAUGUAAGUGGAACUGUUGAACCAG